UUGUAGUUUAUCAUUAUCCAGGCUGCGGUUGUCAAGGAUUCAGAGGUGGUGCCUCGGCUGCCCGAUUUUGGGAUUUCCAGAAGAAAAAAUCAAGAGGGAAUUAUCAAGAUUAGAUUCUUUUUCUGAAUAGCCACAGCCUUGGCCCUUCAGACUCCAGAGAUGCACAAGGGACUUCUAGCAGUGAAAGUAAAAGAGGAAAAGGGUGACCACAUAAGAAUGGUCCAAGAAUCUGGCCUGUCAAGAGAUAACCCUCAUACCAGAGAGAUCUUUCGUAGACGCUUCAGACAAUUCUGCUACCAGGAGACACCGGGGCCCCGAGAGGCUCUUCGAAGACUCCAGGAGCUCUGCCAUCAGUGGCUGAGACCAGAGAUGCACACCAAAGAGCAGAUCCUGGAGCUGCUGGUGCUGGAGCAGUUCCUAACCAUCCUGCCUGAGGAGCUCCAGGCCUGGGUGAGAGAGCACCGCCCAGUGAGUGGAGAAGAGGCGGUAAUUGUGCUGGAGGAUUUGGAGAGAGAGCUGGAUGAACCAAGAGAGCAGGUCCCAGCCCGUGGUCAUGAACAAAAGGAGCUUGUGAAGGAGAAAGCAGCUCUAGGAACAGCCCAGGAGUCAUCAGGCAGCCAGCUCCAAACCUUGGAAGAGCGGCCUCAGUGGAACCUGCGAGGGGUGUGCCCAAUUCAGGAGAUUGACAGUGAGACUGGAACUUGGAAUGUGGAGCUAGCCCCAAAGAGGGAGCUGUCUAAAGAAAAGAAAUCGCUUGUGGAGGCAUCUGAAAAACUGAAUGGUGAUACUAUUCCAGUGCCUGAAUAUGGAGAGACCUGUGACCAUGAAGGUAGAUUGGAGAGGCAACGGGGAAGCUCUUCAGUGGAAAGACCCUAUAUCUGUAGUGAAUGUGGGAAAAGCUUCACCCAGAAUUCCAUCCUUAUCGAGCACCAGAGAACGCACACGGGCGAGAAACCCUAUGAGUGUGAUGAGUGUGGGCGGGCCUUCAGCCAGCGGUCAGGCCUGUUCCAGCACCAGAGACUCCACACUGGGGAGAAGCGCUACCAGUGCAGCGUUUGUGGCAAAGCCUUUAGCCAGAACGCUGGGCUUUUUCAUCAUCUCAGGAUCCACACGGGGGAAAAGCCUUACCAGUGCAAUCAGUGCAGUAAGAGCUUUAGUCGACGUUCUGUCCUCAUUAAGCAUCAGAGAAUUCACACUGGAGAAAGACCUUAUAAAUGUGAUGAAUGUGGCAAGAACUUCAUCUACCAUUGCAACCUCAUCCAGCAUCGGAAAGUCCACCCCAUGGCUGAAUCCAGCUAGCUCCUUGGAACAGGUAGGGCAACUUUCCUGAUGCCAGACCACUGGGCAAGGAAGCCAGGGUCCUGGUUCUUACUUUGUCCCUGAGAGAACAAUAGUAUUAAUAAUUUAAUACUCUAGUAAUAGGAAGCUCCAGAGAAAGUCCAUGAAAAUGUCCUGAUUUUUAUGCUGAGAGAAGCAUAAUAUCUUAAAUACAACUGUCAAAGUCUUUUUGGUCAGUGACAUCCAUAACUUUGCAACACUGACUAUUAUUGCAUUGAUUUCAUAAUUUUACACAUAUCUGUCCAAAAAGUUUUCUAGAUAUGCUUCAGGAAAACUUUAUCCUAGUUUUUUAAAACUUAUUUUAAGUCUUAAAAAUUAUAUGCAACCUGAAUACAAAAAGUCAAAGGUUAAUUUAAAGUCAAAUUAAUUUAAAAAUAAUUUCAGUAAAAUCUAUAAUGUAAACUAUUAGAUUAGAUUCUAUUUGCAUAAGAUAGGAAAAUUUGCCUUUAACCUACAAAAGAGGGCACUUGGAUCUUUCCAUACGCAAAAGCUUCUCCCUACAGAGGUUUAGUAACUCAGCCUUCAGUUAAAAACCAAGAAAUUGAUGCAACCAUAUAUUAUUACUAGCUUAGUGUCUACUCAUAACAAAUAUUGCUCAUGAUUUUAAAUUUUACAAAGACUAAGAUACUUAGCUUAAAAAUCUGAUAUCUCAAUUAAGAUCUUUGUUGUGAAAAUAGGCCUAUUUUCCUAUUUUUUCUGUGUAUUUUUCCUGUGGCUUUUGAGCAUUUUGGGGUUUUUCUUUAUUUAGCCUUUUGUUAAGGUAAAUUUCAAACAUAUACAAAAGUAGAGAGAAAAGUAUGAUCAGUCUUCCACGCUGAUUGCUUUUUAUAGCCUCCAUGCUUCUCAGUGCUAUUUAUUGAUUAUUACUAAAGUCAUACAUUAAAAAACUCCUUUCCCUUAACACUGAGUGUUACAAAGCUUUAUACUAAGGCCAGGAAACAAAGAAGUGGAAAAUCUGUGGUGAUAACAAUCUGGAUUGGAAUAUCAUAUAUACAUGCAGGUAACUUAAGAGUAAUAGAACACAGUAAGGGACCUGAGAGUCAUUUCUGCAUGCCCUUAUUUAACAGAUACGGAUACAGAAGCUCUAGAAUGACUGUGUAACAUCACACAGCUAGUUACUGCAGCUGGAACUAGAACCCUCUCUCCUUAGUGCAGUGCGCUUUCUGCUAAGCCAUUGGAAGCACUGUAUUGCCAUAGGGAACUUAGAGCACUUACGAGGCAUUACAAUUUUGCUUUUUAGCUCCACAAACCUGCCCAUUUAUUUGUUUCAAUAGAUGCACAGCCUAUUUAAUUUACAGUGGAGUUCCAAGAAAGAUUCCUCCCACUUAUAUCUCAUUUGAGGCAUUUUAUUUAUUUUUGUAAUGAGUGAUUAUUUUUAACUUUAAAUUUUAAUUUACUUAGAGGAACUUUUUAAAAAAGAUAAUUCAUUCUGCACCUGGUUCUGAUAUCAAAACAACAUUAAAAAAGGUCCCUAUCUUUCCCCUUGUAGGUAGUCAUUUAACUAGUUUCUUAUUACUUUUCAGGGUUUCUUUAUGUAAAUACAAAAAAGUAUGAAUAUAUAAUUUUAUUCCCUUGAUUAUGUGGAAUGAUAGUAUACUAUUCACACCCUUCUACAUCUUGUUGUUUUCAUGAAACAGUAUAAUCUUUAGAUAUUUCUGUCUUAUAACAGAAAGCUUCCUUAUUCUGUUUACCAGUUGGUGAUAUAUCAUUUGUUGGUGAUCCAUAGUUCAACGUACUCCUACAGAUGAAAAAUUGCUACUUCAAAAUGUUAUAUAUUGUUUUAUUCUUUUCCCUAGUUUGGUCCAAGUCAAACUCUUUCUGUUUAAAAGCUAACAACCUCCACAUGAGCUAGAAAACAGGAUUUGGAUGACAAGAAUUGUACGUAAUGCUUAUGUGGAGAAAUGAAGUGAUAGGUGAUGUUUUUGAUUUCAUGUAUUUUGUUCUGUUAUAUAUUCUUAGACCUAACAUUUCAAACUGUUAAUGUCACUACCUGUGACUAAUUGUAGGUAUUAUCAACACUCUUAGAAGAAAAAAAACCUUAAAUUUCCUCAAGAGUAUGUAGUUUAUUGUGUCUUGAGGUUUAAAUUAUAUCCAAUAGAAAUACAUAGGGAUUUUGGGAUGAAGUUAAAGAAAAUAUAGUAGGAUAAGUUUGCAAUAAAAUCAACUUCUCAAGUUAAAUAUAUACUCCAUAUAGUGAUAUAAUAGGCUUCCCAGGUGGCUCAGUGGUAAAGAAUCCACAGAGCUAUUGCAGGAGCCACAGGAAAUGUGGGUUCGAUCCCUGGAUGAGGAAGUGGCAACCCACUCCAGUAUUCAUGCUUUGAUAAUCCCAUGGACACAGGAGCUACAGUCCAUGGGACUGCAAAGAGUUGGACACGACUAAGCAAUUGAGCACAUAGUGAUAUAGUAUAUAUACUAUUAUAAUCUGAGUUCAUAAGUAUUUUAAAUGCUUCUCCAAUAUGCUGAAGCAGCAUGUUUGGAUAAUUCAAUUAUUUCAGCUUUUAAAAGAUUUAAAAUAUGAACAGAUUAGGAUUUUAGAGGAAGUAUUUCUAAUGAACUGAGUUUUUAUAUUUGCAAUUGAAGGUUGAAUGUUUGAUCUGUUCUGUGCUUGUUUUUUUGUU